CAUGAAACGUCAUCCUUUCUCGAUGUAGUGUGGUGUGGUGGCCUUUCUUUGCUGCUCUACGUUCCUCCUAGGCUUUCCGCUCUUCUCCCGGUAUUUUAGCUCUUAGUAUCUUUAAUAAUGACCGGAAAGACGCCACUUCUCGUCGCUUGCCUGCUGCUUCUUGCUGCUGUAAGCUCGCAGGUUUCAGCGGAUGGUUUGGUUAACGAGGAGGUGAAGAGGACUGUAGACCUGAGCACUCAUCUGGCUAAGAUCACCGCAGAGACCGUGCUGUCCAACCAAGGGCACUCUGCCGCCCAUAGCUUCAUAUUAGCGGUAGAGAGUGACCUGGCCCCGCAUCUGGCAUAUAUCGGAGCCUCGGUGAAGGGCGAUGAAGAGGAGGAUGGCACAUUGGAACUUGAACAAACCACAAUCCAGGGCCAAAGAGGUGAAUUUUACAAAGUGCACCUGCCUUCCAGUCUGGCAGCUGGUGCUCAGCUGAAAGUAAAGGUGGAGAUGACAUUCAGCCACGUCCUGAAGCCCUUCCCCACACACAUCACCCAGGCAGAACGCCAGCUGGUGGUCUUCCAGGGGAACCACUAUCUGUACUCCCCGUACCCCACCCACAGCCAGACCACACGUGUCCGUCUCGCCUCCAAAACUGUGGAGAGCUACACGAAGCAGGGCAACCCCACCAAGAUGGAGGAGAUCAUUGAGUAUGGACCCUUCCAUGACGUGGCUCCGUUCAGUGAGGAUACAAUGAAGAUCCAUUAUGAAAACAACAUGCCCUUCCUCACCAUCAGCAGCAUCACUCGCGUCAUUGAGGUGUCUCACUGGGGCAACAUUGCUGUGGAAGAGACCAUUGACCUGAGACAUACGGGAGCAAACCUGAAGGGACCUUUUUCACGUUACGAUUACCAGCGUCAGUCAGACAGCGGCAUCUCAUCUGUCAAAUCCUUCAAGACUAUCCUUCCUGCUUCAGCCCAGGAUGUCUACUACAGGGAUGAGAUCGGGAAUAUCUCUACUUCCCAUCUGCAGGUUUUGGAUGACUCAGUGGAGGUAGAGGUCAGGCCUCGCUUCCCUUUGUUUGGAGGCUGGAAGACCCACUACAUCAUUGGCUACAAUCUGCCCAGCUACGAGUACCUCUACACCCUGGGUGACCAGUAUGCACUGAAAAUGAGACUAGUUGACCAUGUGUAUGAUGACCAGGUUAUUGACUCCCUCACUGUGAAAAUUAUCCUGCCAGAGGGGGCCAGAAACAUCCAUAUGGACACUCCUUACAAAAUUGAUCGUAUGCCAAACCAGCUACACUAUACAUACCUGGAUACCUUUGGCAGACCAGUGCUGGUCGCCACCAAGAACAACCUGGUGGAGCAGCACAUUCAGGAUUUUGUGGUUCAUUAUAACUUCAAUAAGAUCCUGAUGCUGCAGGAGCCUCUGUUGGUUGUAGGAGCUUUCUACAUCCUUUUCUUCACUGUCAUCAUCUACGUCCGCCUGGACUUUGCCAUCACAAAGGACCCUGCUGCUGAGGUACGUAUGAAGGUGGCCUCCAUCACAGAGCAGGUGCUGACGCUGGUUAACAAACGUCUGGGUCUGUACCGUCACAUGGACGAGGUGGUCAAUCGCUACAAGCAGUCUCGCGACACCGGGGCACUCAACAGUGGCCGGAAGACACUGGAGGCCGACCACCGCGCCCUCACCAACGAGAUCAGCUCACUGCAGGCCCGCCUCAAGGCUGAGGGCUCCGACUUGGCUGAUAAGGUCGGGGAAGUGCAGAAGCUGGACGGGCAGGUGAAGGAGCUGGUGUGUCGAUCCUGCCAGGAGGCGGAGCGGCUGGUGGCGGGUAAGGUCAAGAAGGAGGCGUACAUUGAGAGUGAGAAGACUCUGACCAGCAAGAGACAGGAGCUCAUCAGCCGCAUUGACAGUUUGCUGGAUGCCCUUUAAACUGCCUCGGCCACGCUAACACACACAAACAGACACACACACACCACCGUUCCUUCAGCAUACAACUGAGUGUAUGUAUGAUUAAAUGAAAUGUGACUCAAAUGCGUACACAUUUUAUUUUACCAUCCUUAAACCCAGACACGGACUAUUAACAUCUCAUCUAACAGUAGUGAUGUGUUUAUCCAAACACUCGUGCCUUGUGAUAAACUUGAGGUCACUGUGUGCUCAGCUCCACAGCAGCUACUGUACAUCACACAUUUUGGCUUUUUAGUUUCAAUUUUUUAGGUUUUUUUGAGCUUAAGCUGUGUCACAUUUGACUCAUUUUCAAAUUCAGAUUUUUUUUUCAGGAUGUAUGGUCAAGGGACUUUUUCUUUUUGAAAUGUACAGCUGAAAGGCCUGAGUGUUUUCAGUCUCAUGUCUUUACUCAUAUAUGCUUUAUCCUUGAAUAUUUUCCAAUCUUAUCUCUUUUGCACUUACAACUUUUUUUCUACUUGUCCCCAACUGGUAUUCAUAUUUGAAAAAUUUGAAGCUCUGAUUCUGUCAACCUUGAAUGUUUGUUUUCGAUGUUGCUCAGUCAUAUUUUCUAUAUUUUGUAUGAAUUUGUUGUUUUGUAAGUGGUUAUUUUUGACCAUGAGAUUAUUGAAUACAUGAGAUUCAGUUGUAUGUGAGAAAAGACAUGAGAAAUGUUUGUGAAUUGGGCAAUGAUAUGGAAAGCUGUCAAAUUUGAAAUAAAAUGUUGAUAAACUCA